UAAAUGUUAUGUCUUAUAAAUAUCAUUGUGGUAUAUAAAUAUAUAUAUUUAUCUUGCUGACAGUUGUUGUUUUCCACUGCCAGAUAUAAAUAUACAUGUAUAGGUACAUAUAGAUGGAUGUCUAAAUACACCGAAAGUUGCUUAUCUCGCUUUUCGAAAAGUUAAAACUGUUUAUUUUUUUCAUUAUUAUUAUCCGUCCCCCUUCUAUUAAUCACUUUGAAACAAACACCUUGGUAAAUAAUAUAUUUGUGGACAGUUACAUUGGCUCAUAAUACAUAGUUAUUAUGUGUUAUUUGUUACCGUUGGUAUCAUUAGUAUCUACUGGUAUUAUUAUUUUAGCUGUUUACGUUUUACUGUCAUCAAAAACAACGUCAUGGAUUCUACUUAUUCUACCGAUAAUUGCCUCACAAACGACAACCAAUUUGAAAUACCUUCUUCAUUGCCUGAUAUGCCAAAAAAAGUCCCAGCUACCAAUACUACAGACAGCGAUUCCGAUUUGCAGUAUGAAGACUGCCAAGCUUUCCUUUUGCCAUCGGCAUUUGUGGUACCACAGAUAAGUUUGCAAGACUCAGUAUCUUACGAGAGUACAUUGCCAGCAUGUAUCAAAUACGAUCCAGUUCCAUUGUUUGGAUGUCAUGGAAAGAAAAGAUCAACAGAUGUAUUCAUUCUAAAAGAAAACCUCGGUGGCGUUGCAUCACCGAAAGGUAAUUUAAAUCCAUGCGCUAAAGAAUUCAAGCCAUCUGCUAUGCCAGCAUCACUGUAUGCCAGUAUAGCAGCAACUCAACCAGCUUUGAAACCAAAAGCCGGUCAGAAAAAGAAGAACAACAGCAGUAGUGUCACAGCUCAAACCAAAUCUGACGAAGUUCUUCGGAAGCGAAUUCAAUUGCUGUUGCAAACAAAAAAAAUUAUUAUUUUGAUGCGUGGAUGUCCUGGGAGCGGAAAGUCUACGUUAGCAAAAAAGCUUCUAGAAUGUUUACCAAAGAAUAAAACAGCAGCCAUUUUGUCUACAGAUGACUAUUUUAAAGAUAAUCGCAACAAUUACUGUUUUUAUGUUGAGCGAUUAUCAGAUGCUCAUGCCUGGAACCAGCAGAGAGCCCUAAAUGCAAUGAAAGAGGGAACAGAUUUGGUUAUUAUCGACAACACAAAUUUGACCUUAUGGGAAAUGGAACCCUAUGCUAAUUAUGCAAAAGAAAAUGGUUAUUUUCUUGAAAUUGUGGAGCCUAACACAGCAUGGAAAUUCAAAGCCCGAAAACUAGCUGCUCGAAACACUCAUGGUGUCGGCUAUGAAAAGAUUGUCGACAUGUUGAAGAAAUACGAAGAAGUGACAGUCCACCAACUCUUAAGAAAUAAAAAGGCACCGAGAACAAGCGCUCCUGUGAUAAAUGCUGAGACGAGAUCAGUGCAGAAGGAAAGUAAAAGAAACUAUAAAAGGAAUCGGAAAAGACACCGCUCUGCCAAUAACGGUGAAAAUAAAUCGAACAAGAACCAUGGCAUCAGUGAAAGCAGCGAAACAACCUGUGAUGGAAAUCUAGACGAUGGAAUGUAUAUGAGUCUAUCAUCACCUCUCAGACCAGAUUCUUGGGGAUCAGAUUCUAACUGGGAUGAACCACAGCUGCCGAAAUUGGGAAGAGUUGAAAAUUUAUCUGAUUCUGAAUGUACGGAUUCCUCUCAGAGUAAUUCUGUUGAACCAUCUUCAGAUGAAGAGGACAUGGAGCAUUUGGCAUCAUCUUUUAGUUUCGUGGAUCUGGGUGAGAAUGCCAUAAGUUCGGUUACAGAUUCUGCAGAUGUGUGUAGUAGUUUAGAGAUGCUAGCAUUGAACUGUUUAUUAAAAGAUGGCAUGGAUGAAAAUUUAGAUGUAGCUGACAGAGCCAUAUUAGAAGCAUGUCAGAAGAAGGAUGAUUUCUUGCAACAAAUGUUCCAGAAAAGAUCUCAAGCUGAUGAAAUAACACAAAGUGGGACAGAUUUGGAACAGUCUGGGACAGACAUUGCUCCUCAGAUAUCUGACAAUUCGGAAGGGGAGCCAUGUUUGUCAGACUCGGUUUCAGAUGAAGAUGGUGCAUUUUAUAUUAAUUAUUCCAUAAAAAUGGAAUUUUUGACGUUAUUAGCGCAGUUGUUUGGACCACUUGAAGAACUUGAAAAUAAAGUGCCUGAUAAAGAAGGGUUUAUUAAUACGAAACUAUCAUUAGAGCAUCUGUCUUCUUUACAUAAGACUUUAUCAGAAAUUUGUCAAUCAAAAAAAGAAGCUAAAAAUAGACGAAGUGAUAAUUUACCACUUUCGGAGUUUGUGGAUGAUACAACAGACUUCCAGGAAGUGCCAAACAUACCAUUAUCAUCAUCAUCUGCCACACCUGACUCACUUUCGCAAAUCAUGAGGGAACAACAGGAGGGUCAGAUUGAACUCGAACUAAAGCUUCAGAGAAAUGAUCCAGUUACUGUGGGCAAACUGCGGAAGCUUUGUUCCGAGUUUCCUGGUUAUGAUCCCAACAUCAUUGAAAUCAUUUUUCAGGAGAAUGAUUACAAUUACACAACAACUCUUGCUUUCUUAAAUGGUGUCCCAGAUAAGACAGGCUUGGAUAAUAAAGUAUUUUCAGAUUCACCACAGCAGUGUGUUGUAAGACGAACGAAUACACCAAAAAUCUAUUCUAGAAACCGUUUCCUCAACUGGAUCCAGGUUCCUAAAGUAGAUUAUCAAAACCAAAUUGCCUUUUAUAAAAAGCGUCUUUCUGAUUCUACUGUUAAGAAACACCUGUACAACACACAAUGUUUAUCGUUAGCCAAAGAAUAUAAUCAGUCGCAAGCUAGCAUGUAUAAAAAGGAGCUGUUGAAAGCAGAGUUAGGAUUGUUGAAGCAAGAAGUUGCAGAUCAGUUGACUCCUGAAUAUUACAAUGUUGUGGAUUUACAUGGAAUGAAGAUCCAUGAAGCUGUUAGCAUCACAAAACAAUGUUUACAGGAUUAUAAAAGAGCUUUAGACAAUGGUUACAUGAUGAAGAGAAACCUGACAAUAAUCACAGGGAAAGGAUUGAACAACGUAGCUGGGCGUUCUGUGUUGAAGCCACCAAUUCUCUCCCACAUCAAGCAAAAUUCAUUCCGGUUCAUCGAGGACGAUGGUUCCAUCAAAGUAUUUUUCUGAAAUUGCACAUUUUGGUUUUUACCUGCUUUCUUGAUGGUUCUGAUCUUUACACUUACUUGACACCUAUACGUUUUGAUGGUUGAAACCAUUGUAUUUACCAAAGCUGUUUUCCAUGACUCUACAUGGCACUCUGAGGAAACAAUUUCUGGCAGUUCUUUUGGAGUUGCUGUUAGUAGCUCUGAAUACGAAACUCACUACAACUGUUUCCUAAUGAGUCUUGAACUUCAGAUCCACACAAAUGUUACACCUGAAGAUCCUUAUUAAACUGUUGGAAAAUCUCGUUUCUGAGUGUUUUAAACAAUAAAUUCUUGGUAACAGUCACUUUUUGAUAAUCCUUGACAUGAAAUUCUUGGAAAGAGCACCAAACCUUUGGAAGCUUACUCAUGAUAGACUUAGACACUAAAAUCUUGGAAACGGUCACAAUUAUCUCAGAUUUUGUGAAACUGUUACACCUGAUAAAUUCUUCAACCAAAUUUUAGGAAUAUGUUGCUUCUGAUAGACCUCAACAGCAAUGGAAAUUCUCAUUCUGAGAAUUCUAAACAAUAAACUUUUGGUAGUUGUCACUUUUGAUAAUCCUUGACAUCAAAUUCUUGGAAAUUGUCACCUGUGAUAUUUUUGGACUUGGAAAACCUUUGGAAACUUCAGCAUAAUAGGCUUAAACUUCAAAAUCUCAGAGACUGGCUGCUCUCAAAUGUUCUUGACAUUAGGCUCUUGAAUGUCUUUGAUCUCAAACUUUUGGAAACUAUCAGUCUCAUUGGAUUUAUAAUUCCUGAUGAUUAUAGAAAAAAGCAAAGAAAAAAAAAAGCAAAGGGAAAAACAGAAAUCAUGGUCCAAGUUACCAAACUCAUUGAAAAACCUUUACUGUGAUCAUGCUUUAGUCAUCAAACAUGGAACUGCUUUGCCACUCUUAAAGAUCAUAGAUAUUUAUUCAUCUGAGCAAUUAAUAGGAAAAUUCUUAGUUUUGACAGACCUACAUUCUAAAACUGCAUUAUUAUUAUUACUUAUUUAAUUAAUUAAUUUAUUUAUUCUUUAGGCAGCAAACUAGUAGAAUGGUUAGCAUUGCCAGACAAUAUGCUUUGUGAUAUUUCUUCUGUCACUUGAUUUUCUGAGUUCAUAUUUCACCAAGGUUAACUUCACUUUUCAUCCUUUCAGGGUCAAUGUAAAUGACUGACCCCGCCCCUCAAAAUUUCAAGCUGUGUGCCUCAAGGCAUCAAGGCGGCAGAAUUAGUCGCAUGCUGGACAGAAUGCUUAAUGGCAUUCUGUCAAGCUUUAUGUUCAGAGUUCAAAAUGCUGCCAAGGUUGACUUGGCUUGUCAUCCCUUCAAGGGUUGAUAAAGUACCAGUUGAGGACGGCUUGAUGUACAUCGACUAGCUCCCCCCCACACAAAAUUUCAGUUCUUAUGCUUAUGACAGAAAAAAAUUAUUACUAAGGCAACAAGCUGGCCAAAUUGUUAAGGUACUCGACAGAUUGAUUGAUGACAUUGAGUUCAAAUACUGCCGAAGUCAACUCAUCUUUUUGGGGUCGAUACAAUUAGUACCAGUUGAGCACUGGGGUCAAUAUAGUGGAAUUACCCCUUCCAUAAAAUUACUGGCCUUGUGCUUAUAGUAGAAAGAACUUAUUAAUGUCAUGUGACCAUCAUAGUUUUUUUUAAGUUGCUAUGAUCUCUAUCAGCCGUCACUAGGAAAAAACUUUUAUAAAAUAUACUUAAGUGGAUGGGUUUUUUUUGUAUGACCAUUGAAACCUGAUAAAUCUAUUUUCUUGACAGUGCUUACUUAAACUACAAACAACAAUCACCAAAUCAAAACUGUUUGAUACCCAGAUUUCAUAAACAACCCCAUAUAUAUAUAUAUAACAUGUUUUUGCAAAGAAUACUUCAUACUGUUAAAAUAUUUAAAGAAAGAUUUUCUUAAAAGUUAUUUACUAUUUAAAUUUUUUUUAGAAAAGCUGAAUGAUGUACACCUUUUUGAAAUGUAAUUUUUUGCAUUGUAAGUGCUUUCACUUUGCAAAAUUGAACAAUGAAAGCACUUUUUGCUCUAUAUAAAACCUUCCAAAAGGGUUGUCUCAUUCUGUUGUUUUGAAAAAAAUUUAAAUAUUUAACUUUUAGGAAAAUCUCUCCUUACAUGUGUAUAUAUUAUAUAUAUAUGCACACACACACACACAUACAUACACACAUAUUUUGGUAUAUUUUUCUAUGACCAUUUCCUUUUUUUAUCAUUUUUUUUUUGUUUUGCAUUGGAUCUAAGAAGAACAUCUUUAAAAGUUCUUUCACCCAUGUUGCUUUCUCCCACCUUGUUACAUCCAGUCCAUUUCAAGAAUAUUUUAGUUCCUUCA